GCACCUAAGUCUGGUCCUUCCCCUCCAUCCCCACCGCCCGAAGCCAGAUGAGCAGUGGAUGAGUAGAAGGGGGAAGGAGAGAAAGUCGAUGUCAGCCACCGCCUGUUACUCGUUGCUGCGCCGUCAGUAGUGUAACAGUGUGCACUCUUCAGUUCCUUGUCAACACCACAUCUCUGACUUGGCUCUGGCUCGACUUCAUCCCUUUUCCUCACCCCGAGGCAUAUUCCAAUGAUAUAAACAGAGAAGUGUUUGAUUGACGUGUAAGCCAAACAAACUACGUGCCUUCUACGGAGAGUUCACGCGAAUUGAGCGAGUUGCGUUCAUCCAUGAAGGCAAUGAUGGGCUAUGCCGGGAUGCUGUUUCUGGCCUGCUGCUGCGCCAUCAGUGAGAUCACAGCUGAAGAAUUCGCCCCUAAGUCACCCUCCGAACACAAAAUUAACUUUGGAUGGCCUAAGUUUUUUAAUCCGGAGAUGGGGAUGAUGCGGGAGAAGAACGCUAAGAAAGCAGCAGCUGAAAAAGAGAAUGAGGAGGGCAAUGAACUUGACACGAGCCAUGAGGAUGAUGAGUACGAGGCUCUGAUUGAUUACACUCUCAAGGGCGGUCUCCGAGGAACACUGCUGCUCUUAAAUUCCACUUCAGUUGAGGAUAUGGGAAACAUCACCAGCAGCGAGAUGGGGGACCUGAAGAAGGCGGCAGAAAAAGCAAUGGAAGAGGAUGAAGAAGAGGCCGAUGCAGAGGGUAAAAUGGAAGGAGAGGUGACGGAAGAAGGUGUGAGACUUCGCCUUCCACUCGUCACGAAGAAACACCCGACCGAGCUUGGUAAAUAUGGAGCCAAAAUCACAUUCUAUACUGGAGAGCAGCCGACCAAGUUCAUCUACUAUGGCAACUGGUGUGGACGAGGAGGAAGGAGCGCUCCCGUGGAUGAUCUGGACCGGUGCUGUCUGGAACACGCCAGGUGCUACGGCCGCACUGUUCGCCAGUGUCCCGAUGUGUGGAAGAAGCCUUACAAUCAGAUGUACGCCUGGACAGUACUGAAGGACGAGGUGAUGUGCGUGAGGUCGGAGGCGUACUGCGUGAACCACGUGUGUAACUGUGACCGCCAGGCUGCCGUCUGCUUCCAGAAGCAUCUCUCCCGCAGCGCCACCCAUCUGGGGACCAAAACAGCAUAGCGUCCUGUAUCACGUGGAAUCCGUCAAGAAUGUUCAUUAGAGUCUCAAGUAAUGGCAGUAACCACUUUUGGUCUUGUAAUUGCAACUCAUAUAUUGUAUUUUUACUUAAGUACUCAACAUGUGUCAUUAUUUAUGUAUAUAUCAAAUUUGUUUUGCACUUGUUAGUAGUAUUGUGCUGUGUGUGUUGACGUAGAUAUAUGUACACAAAGUCAGGUGUUAUCAAGCUUCACAGCCUCCCGGUGUGCAUGUUAGACUUGUGUUUGUCCAACGACAUCCGCAUCUCAUGUUUUAUUCAGUGAUGACUAGGAUGCGUAUCCCCUGAAAGUAUGUAAGUAUACAUAUCGUGGAAGAAUCAAGGUAUACUUAGAAAAUUCGGAGAGUAAAAAUUAGAAAAAAAAAAAAAAUGGAACAUUCUUGUUUGUCACUCGUCAUUUUCUUUACUCUUACAUAUCAUACUGGUUAAUAAAAGAACACCUUGACAGAUUUAAA